AAAUAAGAAAGGUCAUUUAGGGCUCUCUUGAAGGGUUUUCACCCCCAUAGAAACAGAGCACUAGAGAGAGGUUGUGAGACUGAAACAGUCAAGGAGGAGAAGAGGAGUUGAGUUGUCUUCCUGAGAUGGCUAGAAACAUAGCAUUUGGUAGGAUUCAAGAAGACAUGAACAAGACAAGCUUCUUCAAGAUUCUUGCAGAUGAAGAUCUUUCCUCUGAAUCCAUGAGGUUGAUUCCAAACGAGUUCUGGAGAAGUAGUGAAUGCAAGAAUCUCCCACCUAAGGUGACCUUAAAGGUGGCUUGGGGAAGUUCUUGGCCAGUGAAUCUCUCAACAUUCAUGGGAUGUUACCUUAUGGAGAGAAAGGGGUGGGACAAGUUUCUAAACGACAAUCACUUAGGAGACAACGAGUUUCUGACCUUCACUAACGAAGGAAACAAUUGCAUAACCGUUGACAUCUUCCAGAAGAAUUGUGUAGAGAUUCUCAAGCCACUAAACACUUCUUCUUCCAAUGUCAAGAAUGAAGAGAUGAGCUGUGUUGAUCCUGUAAUAGCUGAAUCUAAGAAGCAGAAAGUGGAUAGUAAUGUCUAUGGAGCUUCUUCAUCUUCUUCCUCUGCUGCAACAUUCAGUCUCACCAUCAAGAAAUCACAUCUCACACUGUUGUCCAUACCGGUAACUUUUGCAAAGGAGCACAUGCCAAAGGUGAGGACUAAGUUUGUCAUACAUGAUCCCAAGGGUAAGCCAUGGGAGGUGGUCUACGUUCCCAGUAAUGGAUCAAAGUUGUUUUCCAGCGGAUGGAGGUUUCUAGCAAAUGGCUACGGUUUAGCCGUUGGAGAUGUGUGCACUUUCAGACUCGUUAGACCCAAAGAGAUGGUUCUUGAAGUCUUACAUGCCUCUCCAUGAAGGAGUGUUUGAUUAAUAGCUCAUAAGUUUAGACUAGUUGAAGCUUUUGUUUCAUGCAACUUAGUGCUAUAGUUUUGGAUCUUUAUGAUUAAAUGAAACUGAUGCUUUUUUUUU